UGGUGGAUUCGGGUCUGAAUUACCUCUCUUCUUCAUGCCCUCAAUUUCUCUGCUUUCAUCUCCUUCCUUUCGCCAUUUUCACCAUUCACAAGAACCUCUUCUUUCAUUUCUAUUACUUCUCUCUUUCGUUUCCGUUUCAGAAAUACAGAAACUCCAUACUUUCUAUUCAUUUCCCGGAUCUGGUUAUCCCUUCUGUCUUAGUAAGCAACAACCCUCUUUCUCUCUUUGGGUUGUCAUCAAAACUCACUAAUUUUGCAAUGGGGAUGUUAAUAUGGAGUGUAAAAUGAGGGGUUUACGUCCAGUUUUGUUGGUGUCAUUUCAAAUGUUCUUGCCAAUGCUGACUUGAAAGAAGAAACAGAGGAUAGUUUUUGAUGAGCUGAUAUGAGUAGACUUUCAUUUAGGCCUCGUCCACUUGAUAUUCACAAGAAGCUUCCCAUUGUAAAAUCCUUUAAGGAUUUUGAGGAUGAUGAAACACCUGCAUCCACCCGUAAUUCGUAUUUCCAUCGCAUUGUUGCUGAGGCUGAUAUCGAGGUGCAGCAUGUCACGACCAAGAAAGUUCUCUCUGAAAUACCAACUCCACAGUUCAAUAUUGUAGAUACUUAUGAAAGAGAUUAUUCCCGCACAUUUAAUCAACCGAAUUCAUACUUACGAGCAAGGGGAGCUCGAUCUGAGAUUGGAGAGUUUGUCGAGUAUGACUUGGACAAUGAAGAUGAGGAUUGGCUUGAAGAGCUCAACAAGGAGAAGAAGCUUCUUUCUCCAGAAAUGUUUGAACUGAUUAUGUUCAAACUAGAGGUGUUCGAUCAUAAGGCGAGGGAGAGAGCAGGGAUUAUAACACCAACCUUUGGAUCUCCAAUUCUUGCACUUCUCCAAUUUGAUUCAGCUUUUGAGGCACUUCAAGCUCUUCCAAACAUCUCAGUGAGAUAUGGAGUUUUCCAAUCUAUUUAUAGUUACUGGAAAGAGAAGCGUGAGCGGUGGCAGAAGCCAGUUUUGCGUCGUUUACAGCCCCCUCCACCAGUUAACGAUACAAACCCUUACAAUGUUUUCAGACCACGGGAGAAAGCACACAGACUACACACAAGAAGGAUGCAAAGGAGAGAGAACAAUGUGCAGUCCUUUGAGAAGCUUAGGCAGGUCAGGCGGAAUCUUGACCAAGCCAAGAUCUUAUUGGAUGCUCUGAUCAAGAGGGAAGAAAAGAAACGAGAAGUUAUGGAGAGUGAAGUAAGCCUUCAGAGAAUUCAAAUGAAGUACAAGGAUGAAGCUGAGCUUCUAGAAGAUAGCUUAGGUUUGCCUGGUUUUCCUUCCUUCAAUGGAAAAUUCGUUUCAAGUGAGGAGGAACUUGUGGACUCCGAUGACAUUGCAAAUAGUCUUUCACAUGGACGACACUUAGCUGCACUUACACCAUCUUUCACAAACUCUAAGUCAGUUAUGGUUUCGGGUGAAAGCACAAAGCAGAAUUUAAGGCAUCGAAAUGGUGGCCGUGGAGGAUGGCUUAAAAAUCUGGAUCCACUUGAGCCAGUAUUACUAUUUACUAAACCGUUAGAUCCAGAAAAAAUGGCUGGUGUGGGCAUUAUACCGCCAACAAAUCCAUCUUCGACAGGAGCUAGCCCUAGCGCGUCAUUAAACUUCCGUGGUAGGAUUGGGCGAGGUGGAAGAAUGAUAUUCGACAGAUGGAAUCCGAGUAAUCAUACACCGAUUGACUUUGGGGAUUCUCUAUAUGCAUUGCCAAGAAAACGCCCUUAAAGAUGAAAUGACUUGAAUUGGAGAUAUAAGCAUUUGCAUUCCUGGAAUGAACCUGCUUUUAUUGUUUUGUGGAGAACUCGAUGAAAAGAAGAAAAAAAAUUCCAGGAUUUGCGAGAUUGUAUCAAGAACUCAAAAGCAUUUUAUACAAGAAAAAAGAAAAAGAAAUUUGCAGCUUCAAAUUGGCCUUUGGAUGUAGAAUUAUUCAGUUGUGAAAGUCCCUUUCCUUCUGUCUAUGUGAAGUAGUUUAGGAUAAUGCCUUUGUACAAUUAUUUUCUAUAACUAAAUGAAGAUCUCUUUCUCUUUGUUUCAA